CUUGCCAAGGACGCAGAUCCCAUCCCGCCGUGGGAUCGCGCCCGGUCACCCAUUAGUCUCCUCAAAUAGACACCGCGAGGCAGUUACUCUGAUGCACCAUUUCCAGGAUCUGGGGGUUCCUGCGGUGUGACCAGAAAAGGGGCUGAAGGUGCCGAACCUGCGUUCUUUAAAGCCUCCGCCAGCCAGCGCCGCUGUAACCUCGCGCACCGGCAGGUCGCCCGCUCCUCCGGCCCCGGACGAACCGCGCCGAGCGACGCGCGCCACCGGAGCCGACCCGACCCGACCCGGGAAUCUCCAGCAAGCACGGCCGGAGCACGUGGCGCGGGCCGGGGAGCCUGAGCUGCAGCUCCAGCCCGACGCAGCCCGGCGGAGACAUGGCAGAUACACAACCCAAUCCGGAGCUGAAAAACAGCCAGGAACAGCCUGUCCCCACAGAAAGUCCAACAGCUUCAAGUGACUACAGUUUAACCAAACCACAUGAAAUAGAAAAUGUGGAUAGUGCAGAAGGCCCAGCCAAUGAAGAUGAUGAUGUAGGAGAUGAUUUGAUGAAAGUAAAAGAUGAAUACAACGAGAGAGAUGAAAAUGUUUUAAAGCCAGAGUCCAUGGGAAACACAGAAGAGCCUGAGAUUCCAUACAGCUAUGCAAGAGACUAUAACGAAUAUGAGAACAUCAAGUUGGAGAGGCAUCCAGUUGUCUCCUAUGACAGCAGCAGGCCGGCCAGUGGCAAGUUGAACUGUGAUGUGUGUGGACUGUCCUGCAUUAGCUUCAAUGUCUUAAUGGUGCAUAAGCGGAGCCACACUGGUGAACGGCCGUUCCAGUGCAAUCAGUGUGGGGCAUCUUUUACUCAGAAAGGUAACCUUCUCCGCCACAUUAAGUUGCACACAGGGGAAAAACCUUACAAGUGUCACCUCUGCAACUAUGCCUGCCAAAGGAGAGACGCGCUCACAGGGCACCUUAGGACACAUUCUGUGGAGAAACCUUACAAAUGUGAGUUUUGCGGAAGAAGUUACAAGCAGAGAAGUUCCCUGGAGGAACACAAGGAGCGGUGCCGCACGUUUCUUCAGAGCUCUGACCUGGGGGACGCCGCAAGUGUGGAGGCAAGACACAUCAAAACAGAGAUGGGAAGUGAAAGAGCUCUCGUUCUGGACAGAUUAGCAAGCAAUGUGGCAAAACGAAAAAGCUCAAUGCCUCAGAAAUUCAUUGGGGAGAAGCGCCAAUGCUUUGAUGGCAACUACAAUUCCAACUACAUGUACGAGAAAGAGAGUGAGAUCAUACAGACCAGAAUGAUGGAUCACACCAUCAAUAAUGCCAUCAGCUAUCUCGGGGCUGAAGCCCUGCGCCCCCUUGUCCAGACCCCACCUGCUCCCACUUCUGAGAUGGUCCCAGUCAUCAGUAGCAUGUACCCCAUAGCCCUCACCCGGGCUGAGAUGUCGAAUGGUACCCCCCAGGAGCUGGAAAAGAAGACCACUCAUCUGCCAGAGAAGAGCCUGCCUUCUGAAAGAGGCCUGUCCCCUAAUAACAGUGGCCACGACUCCACGGACACGGACAGCAAUCACGAAGAGCGCCAGAGUCAACUCUAUCAGCAAAGUCACCUGGUCCUUCCCCGGGCCCGCAAUGGAAUCCCACUUCUGAAGGAGCUCCCCCGCUCUUAUGACCUCCUGAAGCCCCCUCCCAUCUGCCCUAGGGACUCCAUCAAUGUGAUCAGCAAGGAAGGGGAGGUGAUGGAUGUGUUUCGGUGUGACCACUGCCGCGUGCUCUUCCUGGAUUAUGUGAUGUUUACCAUCCACAUGGGCUGCCAUGGCUUCCGUGACCCUUUCGAGUGUAAUAUGUGUGGAUAUCGAAGCCACGACCGUUAUGAGUUCUCCUCUCACAUAGCCAGAGGAGAGCACAGAGUCAUGCUGAAGUGAGUGUCUGGCUCAUAAAUCCUGCCUAAAGAGUCAUCAUCAUUUAAAAAACAAAACAAAACAAAACAACCUGAUAACCCUACCCAAUAGACUGCUUUCAACCCCCUGUUCCUUCCAAGAACAUUUUUAGUACCCAAAGGGUCGUGUGCAUAUGGAGACCCAGAGAAACACUGUCUACAUUCAGAAAUGGUUCACAGAUCUAUUAUGUGGUGACUUUGAUGAAACCUUUGUUUUCUUCUCCAUUGGAUUUGGUGGGAUGUAAAAGCCAAAGAAGCGUUUGGCCAUUGUUUUUUGCAGCCGUGAAGCAGGCCAUCCACUGAAGUCUGCUGCCAGUUGGAACAGUCCCCGAGUGGUGCUGCAUGAGACAUUCUUUCUGCAAUCCAUCAGCCAUAUGUGGAAAAGCCUUUUGGGUUGAUGCCCAAACUCACAGAGAGGAAGAGCUGACCAGCUAGCCUUGCCCUUCCAUACUUAAUACAAGGCUGAAGGGUGAGGCCAUAAUUGCCCCGUCCCAAGUUAGAAUCCAGCAAUAAGGAAAAGAAAAGCCAUAAAAAACACUGUCUGUUACCAGUAACUGAAGAGUCUGUUAUCAGAGCACCAAUAUACUUCUUACCACACCAGCAAGAAAAUAAGCCAUCUGAUGACACUGCUGCUUCUACCCUUUUUCUUCCCAUUGCCAACAAAAAGCUGGGCUGCUUUGUGCUGAGCCAGUUACCUAUAGAAGAAAGCCCAUGCCAAAAGAAGCCCUGGUUUCUAAUCCAGCAUACCUCUCACACGCCAGAGGGUCUUUUUUUGAAGGUAGCAGUGGCGGUGGCAUCCAUUUCCUUUGAUCAAGAUUGGCAGAGCAGGCUGGGAGACAUAGCUUAGUGGCAGAGCACUUGCAUAGCAUGCACAAGACCCUGGGUUCAAUCCCCAGCCUCGGGGGAAAAAAAAAAAAGGCAGACAAGGGUUUGAGAGGAAAUGCUUUAUGCAAAACCAAUACCCAUAAGCAAUCUAAAAGUUCUUAUCUCCUUCAUGGACCCAAAGCCAACUUGAAAAUGACUCCUUUCAUACACAAGAAAUGAAGGAUCCAAACUAUACUGCUUAGCUUUCAGUUCUCUAAGGGGAAGAAUCAGAGACAGACUCUAGGUGUGUAGAAGCUCAGAGCUGAGCUUCAAACUGGGGUGGGAGCUGGCCGCUAGUGGCUCAUGCCUGUAAUCCUAGCUACUCAGGAGGCUGAGAUCUGAGGAUCGUGGUUCAAAGCCAG